AUGUGCGGCCGUUUUGCUAAUGGCUUGGGCCCCGAAGCCUUCCGUGAGGCCGUCUCCGAUGUGUUCCCUGAUGAUUAUGAAAUAGAUGAACCGAUGGAGGACAAUACCUACUUCCCGAGCUACAAUGUAGCGCCCAACACACGAUACCCUGUCCUAUGUAUGGCCGAUGACCCUCAUCAUCUGCGCGUAGAUAUCAUGCGCUGGGGUCUAAGGAACAGCGACUUGACAUCACAUCAUAAUCGACCGGCAUGGGACCAUUUUAUCAUCAAUGCGCGUGAUGACUCAAUUAAGAAACCCUCGUCUAUAUGGCGCAAUGUCGUGCAGUCGCAGCGGUGUAUCUUAUUCUGCCAAGGGUACUAUGAGUGGCAAAGAUCAUCGCCGACGUCUCGUCCCAUCCCCUAUUUUGUCGGGAUGUCCGUCAAUGGGAUUGGACGUCCCACAGUACAAGGUUCAUCACGAUGUCUGAUGCCGAUGGCUGGUGUCUGGACCGUAUCUGAAGAGGGAGAAAACAAGUAUGCAGUGGUAACGACGCAUGCCAACAAGCAGCUACGUUUCCUGCAUGACCGAAUGCCUGUGAUCCUAGGUGAUGUGGACGCUAUUGUGACAUGGCUCGCUCCUUCUACCCCUAUGCCCGACGUGCUACGUCUUCUUCAACCUUAUGACGCGCCCUUAGACUGCUUCAAGGUACCUACCGAGGUGGGCACGGUUGGCAUCUCGAACGAAAAUAUGAUCCAUCCCGUGGAAACACGCAAAGAUGGUAUUGUUGCCAUGUUUACCCAUGCACAAAAAAAAAAGACCGACGAAACAUCUAUCAAGAGAGAGGAUACCAGUAACGACGCUGAGCCACAUUCGUCGCGAAUUUCGGUACAGCAGCGCGAGCUACCCACAACACCGUCUCGAUCUACACAAUCAGCCUCGUCGCCUCGCAAGCGAUCGAAGGGUACGUCUCCGCAUGUCACCAAGCGGCCCAAAGGGACGCCCAGCUUAGAGUCGUUUUGGCACUAG